UCAAGAUGUAAUGUUUCGUGAGAGAAAGUUUUGAUAACUGUGAGCAAUAACAAUAAUCUGUUCAACAAAGUAGACUAUACAUACAUAUUUUUAUAUGUUUGUUCAACUCCGUUAUAUAAGAAUUAAAGUUAUCGGAUCUGUCUCUAUGUAUGGGAUUUUAUGACAGGUUCAUGUGAGAAGAUGCUGAAUGACAGCUGGGCUGAUUAGAGAUAAGCAUUAGUCAAUAGUACUGCUAAGCUGAGGCUUCCUUUGCAUCUGAGACACAUUAUAAGAGGGAAGAGACAAGCUGAACUUUUAUAUUUGGGCAUCUUCCAAGCAUAUUUAUUAAAUCAUGGCCUUUCAACCUACUGAGCAUCAGCACGUGAGGUUCAAUCCCCUGCGAGGAGACUGGAUUUUAGUGUCUCCCCAUCGCAUGAAGAGGCCCUGGGCAGGACAGGUUGAGAAGCCUGUUGGGGAGGACAUACCAGCCCACGACCCAAAGAACCCUCUCUGCCCGGGUGUGGUGCGCCCAAAUGGGGAGGUCAAUCCAAACUAUGAGUCGACAUUUGUUUUCACCAAUGACUUCCCAGCCAUGCUAGAGGAAGUGCCAGCACCUCAAGAGAGCAACGACCCUCUCUUCCAGUCAGCUCCAGCACGAGGCACCUGUCGGGUCAUGUGCUUUCACCCAAAGUCAAACCUGACGCUCCCUCUCAUGACCUGCCAGGAAAUCAAGACUGUUAUUGAUGAAUGGAUAAAACAAAUGUUGGAUCUUGGGAAAAAAUACACCUGGGUACAGAUUUUUGAGAACAAAGGGGCUGUCAUGGGAUGUUCAAACCCACAUCCACAUUGUCAGAUCUGGGCAUCCUCGUUUAUGCCCAAUGAACCCAAAUUAAAAGACACUAAUCAAAAAGACUACUUUGCCAAGUAUGGAAGACCUAUGCUGAUGGACUAUGUUAACAAAGAGCUUGAAAAGAAGGAACGUCUUGUAGUUACAAAUGAUGACUGGGUUGUUGUGGUUCCAUACUGGGCAGUCUGGCCCUAUGAGACAAUGGUUCUUCCAAGACGCCAUGUGUCUCGCAUGACAGAUCUCACAGAGACGGAGAAGACAUCUUUGGCUGAUAUCAUAAAGAGAUUGACAACCAAAUAUGACAAUCUCUUUGAAUGCUCUUUCCCUUAUUCUAUGGGUUGGCAUGGUGCUCCAACUGGGCCAUGUCUCCAAGAUGAUGUCCAACAUUGGGUUUUUCAUGGUUGUUACUAUCCUCCUCUUCUGCGCUCGGCUACUGUCAAGAAGUUCAUGGUUGGUUACGAAAUGCUGGCACAAGCUCAGCGUGACUUAACAGCUGAACAAGCUGCAGAAAAACUUAGAGUCUUGCCUGAAGUUCAUUAUAAGAAUGCUUAAAGAUGUUUUGGAAAUUAUCGGUUUGUUGUUUGAUUUUUUUUUUUUUUUU